AUGGCCCCCGUCCCUCGCGUUUACUCCAAGACCUACAAGGUCCCUCGUCGUCCUUUCGAGUCGGCUCGUCUUGACUCGGAACUGAAGAUUGUCGGCGAGUACGGCCUGCGCAACAAGCGUGAGGUGUGGCGUGUCCAGCUCACCCUGUCCAAGAUCCGUCGUGCUGCUCGUGAGCUUCUCACUCUUGACGAGAAGGACCCCAAGCGUCUUUUCGAAGGUAACGCUUUGAUUCGUCGUCUGGUCCGCAUUGGUGUGCUCGAUGAGUCCCGCAUGAAGCUCGAUUACGUCCUGGCCCUCCGUGUCGAGGACUUCCUUGAGCGUCGUCUGCAGACCUGUGUCUACAAGCUCGGUCUUGCCAAGUCCAUCCACCACGCUCGUGUCCUGAUCAAGCAGCGUCACAUCCGUGUCGGCAAACAGAUCGUCAACGUGCCUUCCUACAUGGUUCGCCUUGACUCCCAGAAGCACAUUGACUUCGCUCUCACCUCCCCCUACGGUGGUGGCCGCCCUGGCCGUGUCCAGCGCAAGAAGGCCGCUGCCGCUGCUGGCGGUGACGGUGAGGAGGCUGAGGAGGACGAGGAGUAA